AUGAUCACAAACCAACAAAGACAGAUUAUAGGUCAUUUGAGGAAAUGGACAAGUAGUUAUAGUAGUAUUAGAUCAUAUUCAACAACACAACAUUAUAAUCAAUACAAAGGGUUGAUGUUACCAAAAGAGUAUGAGACAAAGUCACAUGCCGAACGAAGAAACUAUAUCAAGGAUCUGGGAGAAGACGAGUUGGCGAGAAAGAUUAUUGCAAUGUCAAGUGAUUUGAAGCAGACUACGACGAUGCAUGGUGGUAUUGCAUCGUUUAUGAACGUGCCUGUGGGAGAGGUCAAUGCCAGUCCAUUCACACUACGUGCGAUGGCGCUGGCAAUGAACAGCGGUGUGUCAUUUACUCAUCACGAGUCGCGUCGUGUCAUGUCUCCCAACGAAGACUACGAACAUCUAAAGAGAAAAGAUCGUGUUGCAAAGAUCCAAGAACAACAAGACCAAGACAACCAACAAAAACAAAAACAAUCAUUAAACUCAAACUCUAACAAGAAGAAACAAAUAUUAUCAAAAGAAGCAAGUGGAGAUCAAGAAUUGGUUAAAAGAAUGGAAGAGGAAGAACGUAUAUUUAAAGAGUAUAUGGAGCAGUCGUCGAGAUGGGUGGAUGGUGAAUUGGAGAUGCCACAGUACGCAUCGUUUCACCAAGAGGAUCAGUUUGCUUCGUACAACCCAGCUCAUAUUGACAAGUGGACGCCGCACGAGGCUAUCCACCGAUGGUGUCGGUUCUAUUGGCGCGAGGAUAUGACCAAGUGGGACAUGUACAUUGGGUGCAAGCUCAAUGAGAUCAUCCCCGUCUUGCACUGGCACAGUCUCGACGAGAUACUGCGUAACAGUAACUGGACCACCGAACAAGACGAACGUACACUACUCCGCAGUGCCAGACAGACAGCCCGUCUUCUCCAAGGUGCUAUCGGAUACUUCAACUCGGAACUAGAUAUCAUUGAAAGAGAAAUUUUUAAAGGUUUAAAUACUUUAUUAGAAAAACAACAACAAAUAGAUAAUAAUGAGAAUAAUAAGAGUAAUAAUAAUAAUAAUAUAAAAUUACCAGAACAUGUUAAAGAUUGGAAAGAGUUAAAUUCGGUGACUGAUACAAUGAUUUAUGUUCAAUCACAUUAUCCAAGAAUAACAACCGAUCCUUUUAAUUUGGUUAUGGAAGCGUUAAAGAGUGGUAGAGAUUACAUUGCAUCGAUUAAAGGGUACCGUGCAUUCAUCGAGGAACGAUGGGAUGACCUGUUGUUCAAGACCGUCACUGUGGACACGGCUGCCGCACUAAACGAACGUGACAAUCGUGCCAAAAUCGAUCUUUUAAUGCGAGAGGCUAAUCGUCAGUUCCAGGUCUACUACACCUAUGCCAUGUCGGGCGACCAACAGGCACGUGCUGACCAACGCAAGCUCAGCCAUCUCUGCACCAGUUUCAAGAAAAAGACAUCAAUCGACUUUUUGACAGACUGCAAGUCUAACCUUCACGCCAAUAUGUUUGAAACAGGACUGAUGAUUCAUCCCAUCAACAACCCUUCACACAACACUAUCAUUGAAAACACCAACCAAAUGGCCAAGCUGGUAGGACUGUCGAGCGACCAAAUACUCGAAGGUCUCUACACAGUCAUCCCAGGCACUAUCGGUCUCAUCAACUAUAUAUUAAAUCAUAAUCUAUUAGCCGACACCAUCCUAAAUCAACCCAUAGACAAUCUCUUGACCCAAUUCUCAAAAUCAAAAUAUUUCUAUACUCGUGAUAAAUUAUCAAAUCGAUUCAUUCAAUUCCUUUAUAAUAAUAAUAACGGUAAUAAUAAUAAUACUUUACCAAAUUUAUUUAAACAUUUAAUUGAAUAUGAAAUGAAUAUAAUUGAAUUAAAUUUAAAAGAUGAAUGGAUUGAAGAAUUAAGUGUAAUAGUUGAUGCAGAUGAAGAGAUUGGUGAAAAGGAUAUGGAGAAUUUUACGAUUAUGCCAUCUCGGGCAUUUAAAUUAUUUGUACCUGCCAACCCCUACCUUUCAGAGAUUCACAAGACAUUUGCCGGAGAACAAGACAUUGAUGAACAAAUUCAAGAGUUGGAAUUCACGAUCAACAAUCAAAAGAUAUUGGAUCGCGAGAUUAAAAAGCGUCACUCUGUCUUUCAACAUUUGAUAAAGUCAGCCAUCGACUAUGACCAAUUGGACCAAUCAACCAAGAAACAAUUGGAAAAGCUACAUCUUAUUGGUACAUUUGAAAAUCAAUUCUAUUCAUUGGAUCUUAUUCCAAUGUGGAAGGAAAUAUGGCCACAAUUAGAAUCACAGUAUCGACAUGGUAUCAAAUACAGUGAUCUAAAGACUAUAGUAUCCCUAUACCAUGUCAGACGCUGUGAACCAUUUGAUCCAAAAGAUCAAUCCCUCAAACAAUCCAUUCUAGAUUUAUCUCAAUAUGGUGCUGUUGAAUUUGCAAAGCAAGAAACAAAGAAUGUUACACCUGAAUUAAUGUCAAUCAUAGACAAUAUAGCAGUAACUGGAGUUACAUGUUAUCCAUGGAUAGAUUUAAAGGAAUUAGUAUUUUUCAAAUUACAAGAGAUAUUUGAUAUCUUUGAGUCAAAUGAAAAUCAAUCAAAUAUAAAGGAAGAGGAAUUAAAAAAUAAGAAAGCUGCCCAACAAAAGAUCAAAUCACAAUUUCAAAAUCAUUUUAAAGAAUAUAAAGAACCACCAUUUACAAUUCAAAGAUUAUGUGAAUUGGUUGUAGACUAUAAAAUCUAUAAAUCAUAUAUUAAAUAUUUGUCGGCUGUGGAAAAGAUGGGGACUGUUACAUCGACCAUUCCAGCCCUGACAGCUGCCGAGGUUGUCGAAUACAACAAGAGUAUUUCCUCUCACCUCCCAGAAAAAUCAAAUCUUUUAUCCCCUUCCAUCCCAAUCGAAAUUAGAAACCAAUUACAACAACAAUCUAUCAGUACAACAACUGUCAUGCCACCAAAGAAUACUACUACCACCACCGCCACCACCACCUCUAUGUCAGAUGAACAAGAAGAUCAAGAAAUGAAAGAUAUUUAA